AUGACGUGGCUGAGGAAACCGUCGUCCUGGGUGAGCUCACUGCUGCGAAGACAUCGUGCGAAGAUCAGCGCUGACGGUGAACUGACGUGUCCCCAGCAAUAUGGACUGCAAUUACAUAAAAAGUCUCGAAACGUCGAUUUUCGAAAGCGUCGAAACGACUCAUGGAAGUCCAAUUGCGACCCCGAAGCUACGUGUCCUCAAGCCGAUCCCCUCAGUCCUCUCUCCAUGCGCAUUAACCUAAGGCCGGGCGAGGAGACGAUUAAAUCACGCGUCGAUGCGCGCCAGCUCGAACACACACUCUCCAGGUGCGGGGGACAGGGUACGCAUUUGCAUCCACUUCACCCCAACUACGUCAUUCGGUUGGAAUUGGGAGGUGGGGCGUAA